AUUAACCGGAGAUAGAUGAUUCGAACUCACGUACAAUUAUCGAUCGAAAUUUAGAGCUCACCGGGCAUCUCCCAAACUUGUUCCUAACUUGUACCUAAAGCUUAAAACUACUCCGUACGCCCAGGCUAUGUCGAAGUGGUCGCCACACCAACUUUACCACUUUUUUUCAACAGCGGAAUGAAUGGCACCUGCCGGAACGACUGGCUUUCAAUGUCCCUCCCCUUUCAGCCGUUCAGGAUUCUUGGGAGUGUGUAAUGGGUUCAAUCAUAUCAUACGCAUCAAGAUCAAUUCUGCAUUCCGACCCCUCCUUGAACUCUCAGCCCUGUCGGUAUAUAUUGGAUGAUCUCUACCGGAUAUUGAUGUCUGACUAUAUACUAUAUGCAUCGAGGACAAACUGCUGCCGAAUACAACCACGAGCUCUCUCGGCCCUUCGAGUACGUACAUUGUCGGAAUUAGCCACCACUUAAAGUUUUUAAUCACGAUAAGUUAUCCAAAGUUUCUUAUGGAAUACGAACACCUUGGCCAGACCUUCAGCACAGUCCAAGUUCCCAUAGUGGAUCUACCCAGGUAGAGAUCAUAUGUCCCUACGAAGUAUGUAAGCAUAACGAGCAUACUCUGUACCUUCGUACUUCGUAGUUAUUAUUAGUACCUUCCCAGUCUCGAGAGCCAGUGCGCGGCUGCCGUUUGCGUAUUUGUUCUUGAUUCUUGACUUAUUUCCUGAAUUGCUGACUUUGUUUAAGCCCAAAAGCCCUCAAUGAUCUUCAAGAGAGAGACUUAUUAUUAAUCGCGUCGACCAAACAUCGCAAAGUCAAUAUAGAGCUACUCAACCUUACAUCAUAACGGAGACACAUCUAUCUGCCCCCGUCCUUUCGAUCAAGCCAAUCAUUGAAUUUGUCUUUCGAAUGCUCACAGCCCCGCGGACAUUAUCCAGAUUGAAGAUUGAAACUGUUGGUUUAACACAAUCAAUAAUUGUUCAACCAAUUCCAGAGGAUAUUAUCGAGUCACUGUAGGUAUGCCACGCUGCUAGUCAAUCGAUAUCCAACUUGCGACAACCUCGCCCCUUCAUCGCUUCUCCGCGCACGCCUUGAGAUCUACAAAAACGCUGGUAAGAUAGGCAUAUCUUUGAUUUCUCCUCAAUCAUCAAAUCAUCUCUACGAUGUCUACCGCGGAAACCGAGAACUGCGAUUAUGCCAACAAAUCGGACAGAGGCGAUUAUGGCAGUGGGCAAUCAGAAGCAGGAAAAUCUCCUCUUUCGUCAAGUCUGAGUUUCCUCAAGGGCCUCACAGAAAAGAAAUCUACGCGGGUCGACGGCUCGACACCGAAAAGAAGAGGACCCAAACCCGAUAGUAAACCUGCUUUAACAAGAAGGCAAGAAUUAAAUCGACAAGCUCAGAGAACCCACCGAGAGCGCAAGGAAUUAUAUAUCAAAGCCCUGGAGCAAGAAGUACUUCGAUUGAAAGAAAAUUUUAGCAGCGUCACUCAAAGCAAACAGACCCUCGCAGAAGAGAAUCGUCAAUUAAAGCAACUUCUCGCACAACAUGGUAUAUCGUGGAAUGGCAGUGGAGGAGUCGACGAAUUCACAAAUAAUUCGAGUAUAGGAUACAAAUCGAGUGAUAGUCAGGCCGGCAGUUAUGCGCCAGGCUCCUUAUCAUUCAGUCCUCCGCCUCUAAGCCACUCUUCGAAUUCAAACCCAAACAGUACCUGUUACGAUGCUGGAUCCCCUCAAUUGGGAGGAGCGCACCGAUUUUACGAUGGCAGCAUGGCGCAUCAACAAAUUCAAGGUGUGGAUUAUGAUCAAGCAGGAAUUGACUUUGUUUUAACACUCGAGAGACCCUGUAUGGACCACAUGCAAUUUCUAGUCGAACGAUCCAGCGAUGCUGAUGGAGAGUUUUUCUCUGGCCAUGCUCUAAUGGCUACUUGUCCUCCAGAACCAGAUAUGGAGAUGCAUCCAGAUAUACCUUUUGGGCACUGCCUGCCGCACAGUCAUGAAUCAGAUGGAAUGAAUGGGGGUCCUCCAAAACAGAAGACGUGGGACUUGAGCAAGAGCGAUCUAGCUAAUUUGUUGGAUUUGAGUAAGAGGUUAGACUUGAAUGGAGAGAUUACACCGGUUAUGGCAUGGGGUAUGGUUUUGGGACAUCCACGAUUUCUAGAAUUAACGGAUGUUGACCUGAAGAGCAUGAGUGAAGAGCUGUUACCUAAAGUCAGAUGUUAUGGAUUUGGGGCCGCACUCGAGGAAUUCGAAGUACGGGAUGCUUUGGAGGCUCGGUUCGUGACGGACCCAAUCGACGUUUCUCCAAGCUAAUAAGACAUUCUCUGGCAUGGCAAUCUUAUUAUAAGUUACCUACAUUCAUAAUAGAGGGGGAUUUUCUGAAUAGAUUCAGCGCAACCCAACGCGAUGCAUGGUGUAUAAUGAUUGGACAUUAUUAGUGUAGAUUAUAAUCACUCUCACGGAAAUAUAGAUACCCGUUUUUUCUUUACUACAUUAAGCUUAGAACGAGCUUCUCUGCCAUUCAUUCACUAUUAUAAAGUUUUACUUCUAAGAUAGU